CACCAUUUCUCACGAACAAGUGACCUAAUCAUUUCUCCAAAAUUGCGUUAAAUUGAUAUUCCGUAUAUAUUUAUUCUUUGCUGCUGCCUUUCCAUGACAGCUCCUAAGAUUCCUCCUAAUAACCCUUAAUCUAGGAUUUUGUGGUCAGAAUGUCAAGUAUAAUACUGUUUGAGGAUAUUUUUGUGGUUGAUAAGAUAGACCCAGAUGGCAAGAAGUUUGACAAGGUAUGUCGCAUUGAAGCACGGAGUCAGAACUGUGACAUGUACAUGCUACUGGAUGUAAAUGUAGAUAUAUAUCCUAUGCGUGUGGGUGAUAAAUUUGCUUUGGCAUUAGCCCACACAUUAAAUCUAGAUGGGACACCAGAUACUGGCUAUUAUACUCCGGGUGGGAGGAAGUCUCUUGCUGACAAGUUCGAAUAUGUUAUGCAUGGGAAGCUGUACAAGAUCUCAGAUGAAGGCUCUGGGAAAACACUGAAAGCCGAGAUAUAUGUUUCAUAUGGUGGGCUCCUAAUGAUGCUAAAGGGGGAUCCUUCUUAUAUCACCCAGUUUGAGCUUGAUCAGAGGCUAUUUCUCCUAAUGAGGAAGUUGUGAAACCUGAUUCGAGUACCUUACCAUACUGGACAUCUCUUUAACCUACAAACUUCUGUUGUUUGUUGCAAUGAAGUUGUGUAUUCUAUCACUACAUGUGACAUGUACACUUAUGUUUGAUGUUGUAUUAUUUUGCCAUUGUUCAGGCUGUGAUCAAGUUCAUGGAUCUUGAGACCCUUCGAGGCAUUGCAAUGCACUAAACUUCUCCUAUGGGACUAAAACGUGUAUGAUGGAUUGAUUAAUAUUACCAUCAUAGUGUUAAAAUGAAGAUGAUAAAAUUAUGUCUA